UUUGAGGUUCUCAAGCAACACAAUUCAUUUGCAUCCUAAAUUAUCAGAAUUCAAAUAUUUCUUUCUCAUCAAACCCUCUAUAACAUUAUCACUAUUUUUUUUGUGGUACCAUAAAAUAACAAUGGGUUUCCGCAUAGCCGGUAUUCUCAAAAGGGCAUCAUCAUUUUCCAAAACACAAGGAUCUACCAAGGGACUUGAAAUCCCAAAAGGCUAUCUUGCAGUCUAUGUUGGAGAUCAAAUGAGACGGUUCGUGAUUCCAGUGUCAUACUUGAACCAACCGUUGUUUCAAGAGUUACUAAAUCAAGCAGAAGAAGAAUUCGGAUAUGAUCAUCCAAUGGGUGGUCUAACAAUUCCGUGCAACGAGGAAGAAUUCCUAAACCUCACUUCUCGCUUGAAUUAAGCUGUAAUUCAUGCAUGGAGAUUUAGAUAGAUUAGUUUAGGCUAAUUUCUAUAGACGACAAUUUUUUCUAUUAAUUUUUUUUUUUUUUCAUUUUGUUGCUUCCAUGUAUCAAUCAUUCCUAUGGAAAUACAAAAUGUUACCUGAAUGAGAAUGUUAUGACACAAGACAUUUUUAAAAUAUGUUUAGUUUUUCCUUGCAUA